CCCCCGCUUCAGAUGCAACUCAAAAUACAUGAAGCCUCCAUGUUGCUGCACAGGGAUUGUCGGGCUGGCAGAUGACGUGAAUUGUUUUCUAGCGGAUGCCUACUUUGAGCAACUUGACUGUACUUGGCGCACGUUCCUUGGACAAAAACAACAAUCCGGCGGUCUUCCGAGUGUUUGCAGCGCUUCUCCCUACACGGCGUCAUAUUUUGGAUCUUCCUAGCUUCGGAGCUAACUCUAGCUAUUAGCUAACUUAAGUUUGUUAGCAGUUGUCUAUUUUAUUUGUAUGUUUUCACGCGACUGCGGCGUUAUCUCUCAACCAGUUGUUUGUAGUGAUGGUAUUUUCCGGAAAGCCGUAGAUGACAACCAACCACCCGUCUCCAUUUACCUCCGUGCUAGCUGGCUGGCUCUCACCGCUCCCUCGGCGCUUGGUCUCGGUCGGCUUCCUGGCUUUGUGGACGAGCGGUUCGUACUCAUCGUAACCCCGCUAGCUGACACAGUAGCUAGCACGUCCUCCUGCUAAGCAAGUACGAUUCUGGGAAUCAAAACAGGAAUAACUACGCGUCUCAAUGGACCACAUGUCCAUAAUAACCCAGGUCCCCAAUACAAAGGAGGAGGAAAUAAUUUCCUUUAACCAAGAUAAAGCAUCCCAGUCAAACCUCAGCCUGAAGAAACAGAGGAGCAGAAGUAUAUUCAGCACAUUCUUCUGUUGCUUUCGCAACUAUAAUGUGGAGCCGCCAGUCACUAACACAAGCUCCACGCCCCCUCCUGUUGAAGAGAACGGAUCGCCCCCUAAGUGUGACCAAGUCGAGGUCCUGCCUGUCCCUAGUCCUCCAGCCAAAUACCUCCUGCCGGAGACGACGACAACCGAUUACGGUAAAAAGUGCGUGGUUAUUGACUUGGAUGAAACACUUGUUCACAGCUCAUUUAAGCCCAUCAGCAAUGCGGAUUUUAUUGUCCCAGUGGAGAUCGAUGGUACCGUUCAUCAGGUUUAUGUGCUGAAAAGACCCCACGUGGAUGAGUUCCUUCAGAAGAUGGGGGAGCUGUUUGAGUGUGUGCUCUUCACAGCCAGUCUCGCCAAGUAUGCAGACCCUGUAGCAGACCUGCUGGACCAGUGGGGGGUUUUCCGAGCGCGACUCUUCAGGGAGUCCUGCGUUUUUCACAGAGGGAACUACGUUAAAGACCUGAGCCGGCUGGGACGAGAGCUCAACAACGUCAUCAUUGUGGACAAUUCGCCUGCCUCCUACAUUUUCCACCCAGAAAAUGCUGUCCCAGUCCAGUCCUGGUUUGACGACAUGAAUGACACAGAGCUCCUGGACCUGCUGCCUUUCUUUGAGGGACUCAGUAAGGAGGAAGAGGUUUACGGAGUCCUGCAGAACUUCAGAAGCAGGUAGCAGAACACUCCACCAACCCGCCUCUGCUCUCCAGAGUCUUCUCUGCCAAAACCCCCCCCCGUCGUCCUCUGCCGCCGCGCCUCGGGCUCCGGGCACAUCGUCCCUCUAGCGCCUAAAGCGACGACCUGCAGUCUCACUGUGGAAACCCCCUCCCCUCCCAGCCCAGUCUGCUCUCUUCUCCCGGUGAAUCUCUGCCUCCUGAGUGCCAACAACAAACACAGGACCACCGUGUCUCACAGAAACCAGAAAGUGGGUGGAGCCUCCUCAUCUUUAACUUUGGGGACUAAGAACUAAGAGGAAAGAACUCUGGUUUUGACGGGGUUUUUUUUUUGUAUAAAUCUAAAAAGUGAUAUUAGUCUGCGAAAUUCAAGUUUUGGAACCAAAAGAAGAAAGAAAGACAGCGAAAAAAAGCACUCGACCUUAGACGUUUUUUUUUGUGGCGCCCCACAAAAGCACGGAAGGAUUUGGUCCUCAUUGUUGCUAUGCAGGCAGUUUGUGGUAGUAGAAAGGACUGUGACUCUUUUCUUACCGAACGAAGUGCCUUGUGUGAAUGUACUUUCUAUGAGGAGUUCUUUUGUACGCGACAUAUUUCCAGAGAGCGUCGAAUCUUUUUCACACACGAUAUGCUUUAAACUGGACACACAAGUAUCCUUAAAAGAAACAUUUGACUUCACUUUUGGGCGCCCAGCGUUGGGCAGUUGUCAGGCAGUCCCCCCCCCCUCCUCCAGAAUGCAUGUGCCAUUAUAAAAGGUGUGACUUUCUUUUUUUUUUUUUUUUUUCUUUACGUGCAAAUUAAUUCUAGGCAGAGGAUGCUCGCUGUUGUGACCUUCAAGCUCCUCCUGCAAGAAAACAAAAAGUGUUUUUUGGUGUUUUGAUUCUGUGAUCUGUUAGCUCAGAUAAAACUGUGACUUUUCUUUUUUUUGGUCCAUUUUGUUUUAUUUUCCUUUCUUGCCAAAUAAGGAAAUUAUUUUAACAGACAUUUCAGCUAAACCUAUUCAACUUUUCAUAAGUUUCACAUUUUAACCGUGUUUUUUUUUUUAGCACAAACGUGGAGCAGCUUUUUCCCUCAAAAGGUGGCACAUGUUUUCAACUGUGUCUAUUUUAAUAGUUACAAACGGUCUAAUAUUUCAACGCAUAUGAGCCGAGUGCCAUGGUUUUUGUUUUUUUUCCAUCCUCCUUGGCGUCAGUCUAAGCGUUUCAUUUCUAGAUGGCCUGGUUAAACCAGUGAAGAGCAUUUAUACUAAUCUUACCAGACCUUUUAUUUUAUUUUUUUUAUUUUAACACAUCUUCACCUCAGUGCCUACAUCUGAGAGGAGCCCAGCAAAACCUGAUGCUGCAACGUUAGGCAAUAACUGUUCUUCAAGCAUUUCCAUCCCAGCUUUUUGGCUCGGGUUUCUAAGAGCACUUGAAGCUGCUGACCAGUAAUUGUGUGUUGGCAGCCGGACAAUUACAGACGACCUUCAGACAUUCAUUUAUUAUUAUUAUUAUUAUUAUUUUUGGAAUCUUUUUCAAAAUGCUGGGAGAACACGAAUGUUGCGUCGGUAAGUUGAACGCAUUAGCUACACCUGCCAAUGGGAGAAGGUGAGGAAGGACAAAUGUUUGGGUCCAACUCCAAAUGAAACACUAUUGGGGCACUGAGAAAGGACUGAAGAAGCUCGUCCCGGCAUUGAUGCCUUACUGCCCUCGGACACACGCAGAAGCCCAUUCACAUGUGCGACGCGAGUGGUGCGUUUAAAUCACAAAAUGCCCAGAAACACAAAAGUUUUGGGUAGUUGUUUUGAGACCUGCACAACUUCACCUCCUUCCCCACUUUUCUUUUUCCUUCCUUUUCCGUAAGUGUUGUGGGUGUUGGGCUCAUGAUGGUGACCGUGCAAUGUCCUUUUACAAAACUGUUGGUGAUGACCUCACUCUGAAAACCUUUGUAUCCUGAUAUUUUUCUAUCUUCAUGUCAGCAUUCGGUCGGCUGAACCACGUUUUACCUACUAUUGUCUUUUUUUUUUUUCCUGCCAUGGGACGAGUGUGCGUGAACGUUUGUGGUUCCACCCUCCCAGCUUUUGUUGUCGCACCUUCCUCAUUUAUCACACUGAUUAUUUUCAUUUAAACACCAAAGUCUCAAACCAUGAGUUUUUGGACUUUUGUUCUCCCUUUUAUUUUUACGGAAACAUGCAUUUUAGGUUUUUUUUUGGCGUGUGUUGACCGUCUUCAUCCUCCAUUUUUUUUUCUUUAAUAAACGCUUCAUUAAAACAA